AUGAUAUCUUUGUUCUUAGCUCAUUCACUAUCAAAACUCUCGACUUUUCAUAUUGGCGAGCCAAAACUUGCUGAGGAGAGUGAUGGUGGCUUGCUUUUAUAUACAAAAGACCAAUAUCUUGCAUGGUGGGAAGAUAAAAAUGUUAAGCUUUUAACAUUCAGAUUAAAAAUCCCAGGAAUUACAUAUAUUACUAAGAAUAAGCAUAUAGUAGCUGUUUCCGAGCAAUAUAUCUACAUUGUUAAGAACGAAACAGGACAUAUCAGUAAUCAAAUCCUACACAACGUUUCAAAAGUUUCUUCAGCACAUAUAUAUAACACAACGAUUGUACUCAAAGGACAGAAUGAAAUAGCUCUCUAUAAUGUUUCCGGCAAAAUUUGGUCCAUUGAAUCUGGCGUUGAAGAAGGCGAUAUCAGAUUCAAUGCAGAUGGAUCUAAAAUUACAUACGGAACUAAAACAUAUGCUACUGAAACUGGCCUCCUUUUAGAUGAAGUUGCAAAACCAUUUAUUCCAAAGGCUCCUCAUCUUAAGUACCAGCCAACAGCAUUAGAAUACUAUGCUGAGAACGGCACACUUCUUUGGACAAGAGAAACCCCAUUAUACGGUGCUAAAUUACACAAUUUCGUCAAUAAGCAUCAAAUUCUCUUUACAAACGCAACACAUAUCAUCAUCCUUAACUCAUUUGAUGGAAAGGUCCACUCUACAAUACCAGCAGUCACUAAAUCCGUUCAGCCAUACGAUGAAGAUAAAUUUUUGAUCGAAACAACAGAAGGAUUCUUCAUUUUCGAAGAUAUGAAGUUAGUUCCAUUCACAAAACGAGUCAAAACCGCAGAUUUGUCCAACAAUAUCCUUCAUUUUGGAAAUAAAACAAUUAUUCCACCUCCAAACUGCCAAAUUGUCUGCACACAAGUACACCAGGGCCCAACCCCAUCCAUCCUCUCCGUCUCACAGUGUCCAAAGAGCACUCAAGUCCUGAUUAUUGACGAACAUGGCAAAAUCAUCACGAACUUUGAGACAGAAAGAUUAUUUGGACAUUGUUUCCAAACCAAGGAGUCAUUCCACAUCUCCACAUAUAUGAACAAUCUUAGAGAAAAACCACAUUUGAUUUCAUUCUCCAAGAACAAUUCGAAAAAUUUCAUUUUCAACACACCUCAAGUUGCCAUUGACGCCACAGAUGAUUAUAUCCUCUACAAGACAGGUAGAAUCGAAAAGAUCAGGUCAGAAGAAAUCAGAUAUCAGCCAGCCCCACAUCAAAUGCCCGGAUUCUUCCAGACAUUCAUGCACCCUGAGUAUUCCAUUCCAAAACAGGAUCCUUUGGAGCCACAAUCUCUCACAAUUACAAGUUUGUACGUUGGUGCUGAGAAAAUCGCUUCAAAGAAGGAUAUUUGUUUCGCUCAGGGCUAUGAUAUAUUCGCUGUUGGCUUGGAUGACGAUUUCGACUUCUCUACAAACUACUAUAUAAUUAUAUUAUUUUUAAUUUUGAUACUAUAUAUUGCAUAUAAGCACUAUCAAAAUAAGAUUGAUUUCUGGAAAUAA